UUCAAACCAGGUGGUGAUCUACAAUUCUGCCGGAAGAAUUCCACAUUCUCUCUCUCAAUAACACAUUUACCGACUUUAUUAGUCCGUUAUGGAGAAAGUCCUGUCUGUGGAAUGAUUGAAAUAUCGUAUUCCUGCUUCCUGUGUUGUGCCUGAAUUCCCUUUUUUGUACGGAUCGUAUGCAGUGGAAUCUGGAAAAAAUGAAUUGUUAUGGGCUGGCUGUCCAUAUCAAGGCUAAACCUGAACACGAGCAACGGAUACACCAAAUGCAAAACAGAACAGGUCAUCGUCAUCCACGCCAGGAACUGAAAAUUGGUACCAUGCCAUGGUGACUUUUUCAGAGACACGGGUCUUCCCAAUGGAACUGCGUGAGCCUUCCUGCCUGACAGCCACUCUGUCGCCGGGGUUGAGGCGUAAAAAGAUGCUGUGGCAGAAUGCUGUAAAGCACAUCAUCAUCCAGCAGGAGCUCAGCGCUCAGGUCGGCGUGGAGCCAGCUCGCAAAAUCUUUGUCACAGAUGCCUAUAUGGAAGAAAUCAACCGCCAGAUCCGCAGCAAGGCUUCACGUGGAGUCAAACGGCGCUCCUCCACAUUUCGAGUACACCCUGCCCACCUCCGUGGCUCCAUGAGCCACAGUAUGGGAGGGUCAAGCGGGAACGAAUACGCCAGUGAUGCCGACUUUUUUGUACACUGGGGCCGCAUUAUUCACGGUAUCUACAUACCCACGUUGAGACACACCUUCAAAUCCAAAGACCUGGAAAAACUCUAUCAGCAACACUCCUCUCACCAAAGACGUAACUCCUUAGCCAUCACCAAUGUGAUCGAUGCCGUGGCCAAGCUGCAGAUCCUGGUUUUGUACCUGGCUUUGGCACCUGAGGAGGUCAAGGAACCCCUCCGAGGCUGCUUGACAUGCGCGUUCAUGGUGUUUGCCAUAGCGCUGUGCCUCGUUGUGCUAACCUUCAAGGACUCCAUGUCACCGAGGUGGCUUCAUUACACCGGCCUGGCCAGCUGGCUCUCGCAAACCACGCAGGUAUUGGGAGGACUGGUAUACGGGCUAGAAAAAGACCCGUCGUGGUACCUUUUGUUCACACUGUUUGCCACGUACACCCUGCUGCCAUUACCGCUUAUGUGGGCCAUGUGCGCCGGUUCACUGACAUCGGCGUUGCAUCUAAUAGUGGAGAUCAUAUGCUUCCGGAAUGAUACAGUGCUUCUCAGAAAGGUUUUUGCCAAAGGCCUUCUGUACCUGGGUAUGAACACAGCCGGAUUCUUCAUUCACUACCUGACCGAUCAUUCACAGCGACAGGUGUUCUUAGAAACACGUCGUUGCAUCGAAGGUCGCCUCAAACUGGAGCAAGAGAACCAGAGACAGGAGCGUCUAGUGUUGUCCAUCUUGCCCCGGUUUGUAGCCUUAGAAAUGAUUGCUGAUAUGAGCUUAAUGGACGAUGAGCUCAUUCCUCAAGAGUUUCACAAGAUUUAUAUUCACCAGUACAAAGAUGUCAGCAUCCUUUUUGCAGAUAUCAAGGGCUUUACUCUGCUUUCCAUGAACUUGUCAGCUCAGGAUUUGGUUCGAACCCUCAAUGAGCUCUUUGGACGAUUUGACCAUUUGGCCGAGGAGCACCAGUGCCUACGAAUAAAGAUACUUGGAGACUGUUAUUAUUGUGUGUCCGGGGUGCCAGAACCUCAGCGUGCCCAUGCCCGUCACUGUGUUGAAAUGGGUCUGGCUAUGAUCAACACCAUACGUUCUGUCCGCAAGCAACUUAACUUUAACAUGGACAUGAGGAUUGGCAUCCAUUCAGGCUCCGUCCUGUGUGGGGUGCUCGGGCUACAGAAAUGGCAGUUUGACGUUUGGUCUUGGGAUGUGGGCAUUGCCAACAUGUUGGAGGCAGGUGGAAUACCAGGGCGCAUUCACAUCUCCAAGGCUACUCUGGACUGCCUUGAAGGCAUUUACAAGACAGAGGCUGGACAUGGCGCUGACAGGAAUGACUUCCUGCGGCGACACAACAUCGACACGUUUCUCAUUUGUCCUCAGGAGGAUAUACAAAUAGUUGACCACAACGAGCCUCGCAACGUCCAGAAAACAAGUCGCGCCCAUGAAAUUCCAUUUGGCAGUGCCAUUGACAUGAAUAGUAUCUUGGCCUCAUUCACGAAUGGAUCGCUGCCCAACAUAUGGCCAUCCACUUCCAAGGAAAUCAACGAGCGCAUCAAACAUGCCAUCGAGGUUCGCAGCAGUGAGCGUAUGCAUAAGGAACACAUCACUCCUUUCUCGCUGGUAUUCAAGGACACACACAUUGAGGACAAGUUUUCCCAGAUGAGAGACGAAAUGUUCAACUCCAACCUGCUCUGCUCCUUCAUCAUGCUCCUCUUUGUCAUGGCCGCCCAGGCCCUCAUCCCGGCACCCAGACUGUUUCCAGCCAUCCUACAGUUUUCCCUGUUUUUACUCACCUAUACGCUGCUGCUGCUGUUGGUGCUUGCGGAGGAGUUCAAGUGGAGCCCCGCCACACUGCAGCAAUUCUGCUGCUGGAUCCACGAGAACAACAAGGCUCGCAACACGCUCACCCUCACAGCUGUGGUCAUCAACUUUGGUUUAGCCUCCACGGACAUUCUGUGGUGCGUUCUAACAGACUCAGAAGUGGCUCAUGAGAUGGAAAAGACAAACGCGGCUUCACGUUCACUCACCGUCUGUUCGUACCCUGAGGUGUUUGUGCUGAGCGGCGUGAUCGCCAUGGUGACGUGCGCCGUGUUUCUUCGUCUCAAUUCCCUGCUGAAGCUGGCCGUGUUGCUGCUGGCUGUGGCCGUCUAUUCCUACCUCAUCCAUCUGGCCUUCCUUUCUCUGGCACGCCAAGAUAUGCCGCACAGGUCUCACUAUGUGAGGAGAAAAGGGAUCGCCAUCCUUCUCUUGGUCAUGUUCAUUGUGGCAGUCUUUUACAACGGACGCCAGUGGGAGGCCACCGCCAGGCAGGACUUUCUGUGGCGUCUGCAGGCUCAGCAGGAAGUGGAGGACAUGAGGGAGCUGCGGGAGCACAAUGAAUGUCUCCUGCACAAUAUUCUACCGGUGCAUGUGGCUCGGCACUUUUUGGAUCGCAGCAAGAACGAUGAGGAGCUUUACUCCCAAUCCUAUGAUGAAGUGGGGGUAAUGUUUGCAUCCAUUGCUGGAUUUAAUGAGUACUUUGAGCAAAAGGAGAUCAGACACGAAGGUGUGGAUUGCCUCCGACUCCUCAAUGAGAUCAUAGCUGGCUUUGAUGAGCUGCUGGAGGAAUCAUAUUUCCAUUAUGUGGAGAAGAUCAAGACCAUAGGGAGCUGCUAUAUGGCCGCCUCCGGUUUAGCGCCAGACAAACAGACGUCUAUGGACGAAUGGAAUCACUUGAGCGAACUGGUUCUGUUUGCACUGGCAAUGCAAGAGACUUUGAAGGAGAUUAACAGACACUCUGCCAAAGACUUUCAACUGCGUGUCGGCAUUGCCCACGGGCCGGUGGUGGCGGGUGUGAUCGGCGCCAGCAAACCGCAAUACGACAUCUGGGGGUCCACGGUGAACUUGGCCAGCCGCAUGGACAGCACGGGGGUGAGCGGACGCAUCCAGGUGCCAGAGGCCACCCGGAGAAUCCUGGCAGAGUGGGGUUUUGUCUUGGAGCUGCGUGGAGAAAUCUUUGUCAAGGGGGUGAGCGAGUGCCGUGGCAAGGUCCGCACUUAUUUCAUCAGCACCAUGCGCAGCAAGAGAGUCAACGCCACGACGGACGGACGCCCAGGGGGCAGAAUGGAUGGACGCAUGACGCUGGCGGGCAUCGUGUUCAGUCUGGUCCAGGCCAGACACAAGGAGAAGCUGAGGGAGACCAAUGGCGGGUUCACUCUGUCAACCUGCACCCUUAAGUGCUGAUGGGGCAACCCCAAAAUAGUGACAGAGAGCAUAAUUUUCAGUGCUUUGAGUUGUUACAAUGAAGAAAUUGUCAAUAUUACAAUAUCAAUAAUCUUUUUCAUCAGGGUUUGAUACCUUUAAGGCAAAAUACAUCAUACCUCAAAACAACCUCUCUAAGAUUUUCAGUGAAGUUUUUUUAAAUGAUUCAUCUUUUUCAGUAUGUAUUUUAAACUCGGAUUUUUGGAAUGUGGGAGGAACCCGGAGUGCCCGGAGAAAACCCACACUGGGACAGGGAGAACAUGCAAACUCCACACAGGAAGGCUGGAGCCACAAUUGAUCCCUGCACUUCUGUACUGUAAGGCGGACGUGCUAACCAGUCAUCCACCGUGCCACCCCACAAUGAUCAAUACUUUUGCUUAUUUUAUAACAUGUUAUGGGCCAAAUCAGUGAAUAAUUAUUAAUAUAUAUUUGUGCAAUCUCCACACUGUCAAAUUGGAUUAAUGUCACGUUUUUUGAAUAAAUGGAUGAAAAUUAAAACAUGAUUUUUCCAUCAAAUAAAUCAAUUAAUUUACUAUUUAUUGAUUACAUUGGUCAACAGCUAAGUUGUAUCGGCGAGGGCUUUAAAUGUCUUGAAAUUUAUUUUUUAUGCUGAUUUUAAAAAUGUCUUCUUUUUCUCAUACAUCAGGUUUUUGAGCUGAAUAUAACCUUUCAUACAUGAAUACAGUAUUGUAUGUUUCUUAUUAUUAUUAUUAUUAUUAUUAUUAUGAAAACCUGAUGUGCUUGAGGAAAAACGUGGGCUGCAUAGGAAUCAGUGCAAGAAAAUGAUCUUUCAUUCAUUCAUUCAUCUUCCGAGCCGCUUGAUCCUCACUAGGGUCGCGGAGAAAAUGAUCUGUUUAAGUUUACUUGCAUAUCAUUAGAAUUUUUUUUUAACAUUUAACCAGUGUCAUUCAGAUAAUUGUUAGUCGGAGCCCCAAUGUGUUUUUAUUGUUAUUUGGAUUUAUGUAUGAAUAUUUACAUAUGCUUUUUAUAUUUAUAUUUUUAAUGAGUAUCAUUCUGGAACUGUAACCCACUAGCA